CGCCAGGGUGACGACCCAACCAGCGCUUUGUUUGUUGCUUUGCGUCCCUUUCCGCGGGGAACUGUGUGAGGGGUAGGGGAAACUUUGAAAGUUGGAUGCUGCAGACCCGCUCUUUUUCAAGGUUCUUCUUUAUCUUGCUGCAUCUGAAGGCAUGGGUAGCAAGAAACUAAGACGAGUGGGUUUAUCACAAGAGCUGUGUGACCGUCUGAACAGACAUCAGAUUGUUACCUGCCAGGACUUUCUAUGUCUUUCCCCACUGGAGCUUAUGAAGAUGACUGGACUUAGUUAUCAAGGUGUCCAUGAACUUUUGUGUGUGGUCAGCAGGGCCUGUGCCCCACGGAUGCAAACGGCUUAUGAGAUAAAGACACAGAGGUCUGAUGCUCCAUCACCAGCAUUUUUAUCUACAACCCUCUCUGCUUUAGAUGAAGCCCUGCAUGGUGGUGUAGCUUGUGGAUCCCUCACAGAGAUUACAGGUCCACCAGGUUGUGGAAAAACUCAGUUUUGUAUAAUGAUGAGCAUUUUGGCUACAUUACCUACCAACAUGGGAGGAUUAGAAGGAGCCGUUGUGUACAUUGACACGGAGUCAGCAUUUAGUGCUGAAAGACUGGUUGAGAUAGCAGAAUCUCGUUUUCCCAGAUAUUUUAACACUGAAGAAAAAUUACUUUUGACAAGCAGUAAAGUUCAUCUUUAUCGGGAACUCAGCUGUGAUGAAGUUCUACAAAGGAUUGAAUCCUUGGAAGAAGAAAUUAUUUCAAAAGGAGUUAAACUUGUGAUUAUCGACUCUGUUGCUUCUGUGGUAAGAAAGGAGUUUGAUACACAACUUCAGGGCAACAUGAGAGAAAGGAACAAGUUCUUGGCGAGAGAAGCAGCCUCUUUGAAGUAUUUGGCUGAGGAAUUUUCAAUCCCAGUUAUCUUGACGAAUCAAAUUACAACCCAUCUGAGUGGAGCCCUAGCUUCUCAGGCAGACCUGGUGUCUCCAGCUGAUGAUUUGUCCCUGUCUGAAGGCAUUUCUGGAUCCAGCUGUGUGACAGCUGCACUAGGAAACACCUGGAGUCACAGUGUGAACACCCGGCUGAUUCUCCAGUACCUUGGUUCAGAGAGAAGACAGAUUCUCAUUGCCAAGUCCCCUCUGGCGACCUUCACCACAUUCGUCUACACCAUCGAGAAGGAAGGCCUGGUUCUUCAAGACAGGUGGCAGCAGUGGAGUUGGGCUCGAGACCAGCAUGAAGGACAGAGCUGUGAUAAAUCGUCCAUUCUUCUGCCCUUGCGAGAUGACUUUUGCUGGAAAACAAAUUCCACGCAGCAGACAUUGCUGGGGGAAACAACCCACAGUGGCCCUCAAGAGAAGUGGAUGAGUCGUACCCUAAACCAGUCAGCAUCUCCUGGUCCAUCUAAUGGUGGCUGAGAAGUGUGGUCACAGAGGACGUUUUCAGUGCAGGGGAAACGGGAGACAGGCAUAGGGGACCCAGAUGGAGUGAGGUCCCCUCUCCUCUGCAUGCUGGAAUUCCUGGGACGUCUGCUCAUCGACCUGUGUAAGGGAGGCAAAAGUUUUCCUGGACCCUCUCAGGAUCCCUGGCUGGGUUUGAAAAUUAAACUGCCAAAGGCAGAUUAGCAGGAGAGAAGCAUACACACUUAUUUAAUGUCAGUUUUGUGUGACACGAGGGCCUUCAUAAGGGAAGGAAGACCCAAGGAAACAGAUUUGAUAUUUUUAUGCUGUGUCUGAUGAGGAGUGGGCAGUCGUGGAGGAAUAUGAUAGCUUAAGGAACACGAGGUCAGAGGAGCGAACUGGGGAAACUCAGCAAGGCCUGUUAGGAUCCUUCUCGGUGUUCCUUUGUCUUCGGAGACAAGAUGUACCUCUGGGUAUGGGAGGGCACCACUCACGUGAGGGUUUUAUGGGCUGUUUCAGGGGAGAAGGGUCAGGGGAACUGUCAGAGUGACCUUCCUGCUUCCACUGUUUUCUCAGACUCUUUCAGCUUAAAAUAUUUCAUAUGCUAAGUUGCCAUAUUUGGGGGUAGAUUGUCCAGAACCCCAUCACCUGCCGUGGGGUUGCAGAGGGUCCCUUCUCUUCCACGGGGGCUCUGCUGAGUUACUCAUUUACCCGCUCACCCCUUCACCCCGACUUCAUUCAUUCAGUACAUAAGUACCAAAUGUCCACAUGUGUCUGGAGCCUUCUGGGGCCUGGAGAAGUGGUGCUGAAGGGUGCAGACAAAGGCUCGUGGCUCCCGCUCAGGUACCGGGGACAGACCUCAAACGGGAAAGACCCACCCUUGGGCCUGACUUUCCUAUCCUCCUUUUGAGGUCUUCUCCCUCCCAGGGCCUUCCUCAGGCCGCAACGGGAGCCAGUGGCCUCCCAGCCCCCCUCCUGUCCUCACCAGCAGAGCAGCCUGUUCCCUCCCGCGCUGUUCCUGAAAGUCAGGGCCAGAUGGAAGGCGGUGGCCCCAGGAGAGCCGGAGAACUGGUCGCGGGGAGAAAAGCAGGCCCAGCCGAAGAAGAUGCCUCUAAUUCCCGAAGGGGAGGCCCACCUGCCCCGAAUGGCGGG